AUGCGAGUGCCAACUUUCUCUGCUAGGGUUUCCCUUUCCCUAGCAGCCUCACUGAAUGGCGCCGUCAGUGAAGGAGAUUUGGAGGACGGCGACACGGACAAUGAAGGUGAUGGUCAGGAUCAAGGUGACAAUGCAGACGAUGGAGGAGGUCGUCGAAAACGCCGUUUCUCAUGGUUGGAUGUUGUUUCUCAGAGUUGUACCACUCUUUUCAUUGAUGGAAUUGCAGAAUCGGUAGGGUAUUAUCAAGUUAAAGACCUAUUUGUGAAACACGGGAAGCUAGCGAGUGUUUUCGUCCAGAGAAUGAAGAAGCAAGGGAGGAUAGGUCAAGCAGGCGAGAUCCCAAACUUCGACGCCAUUGAAGAAGGUGGAGGCCCCUGUUUCUCAAGGCUGGCUGCGAAAGAUAUGGAAUUACCAACUCUCUUAAAGGCAAGUAAAUGCAAAACAAUGGGUAACAACAAAAGAGAGAAAUACAUUAUGGAUAACUCAAAGGCUACAUGGGAUUUUCAAGCAACUAAGUUGUAUGUCAAAUUAUGUUUGGCUGAACAUCAUAAAGGGGAACGUUUAGGAUCCAGCUUUACAAAGAAAGGGUGGAUAUCUAUUUUAACCAAAUUUAAUGCAUCAACUGGAAGAAAUUAUGAUAAGCCCAAGUUAAAAAACAAAUGGGAUAAUUUUAGAAGGGAGUGGCAAGCAUGGUACAAGUUAUUUGAAAAGGAAACAGGUUUGGGAUGGGAUAAGGCAAAGAAUACCGUAGAUGCUCCAGAUGAAUGGUGGGAGAAAAAGCAAUUGGAAAAUCCACUAUAUGGAAAAUAUCGAGAGAAAGGACUUUCUUUUGGUGAAGAACUAACUAUUAUGUUUAAGGAUGUGGUGGCUACGGGAAAGUCUGCGUGGGCACCUACUUCUGGGAUAUUACCUAAUGGCCUAAGCCAAAAUGAUGAUGUUUAUCGUCCAUGCUUAGAGAGUGAUGAAGAAGAUAGAGAGGAAGGAUCCGGAGAUAGUGAAGAACUUAUUUAUGGUAGCGCUGUACCAAGUGUUGGAGUAAGCAAUGAAUUCCAAAAUAUAAAUUUAAGUACUUCCCAAGGAAAUAAUAGUGAAACUAGCACUGGGAAGUGGAAAAGGGUUGAGACUAGUGCAAAAAAUCAGAACAAGAAAAAGACAAAAGAGCCUGCCUCAAAACAAAUAGCUGAUGCAAUAACUAAGAUAGCGGAUGCAUCUGAGUCACGCACCACUGCUAUAAACACACUUGUAGCUCCCGGUUCAUCUAUUGGUGAAGUUAUGGCUGAGAUUCAACAAAUGGAGGCUAUUACAAGUGAUCCUGAAUUGCAUUCUAGAUGUUGUCAACUCAUGAUGAUAAAGGAUGCAAGGAUUAUGUUUGCAUCCUUGAAAGGAUAUGAUAAAAACUUGUUGGAUUGGCUUAAGUAUGCAGCUUAUAACCCAUUUCCUAGUCGUGGGUGAUGUGUAUUGUGUUAUGUACUAGUACUGCUUCUACAAAAUUAAGCAUAUGAAUGUAGUAUAACCUUAAUGGUUUGUUUGUUAUGAAUUUAGAGCUUUGAAAACUUAAAUGUUGUUUUGUCUUGUAUUUG